AUGUACAUCGACUUAAAGGAUGGCAUUGCCGCCCCAAGGCGCCGAAGAACGGGACAAGAUUGCUGGAACGGUCACCCGUCGUCGUCGCGUCGGUCGGUGCGGCCGUCCACGCGCAAUGACCACUGCAUACCCCGCCCACCACUAGUUGGUUGGUCAGCGACGUUCGUGCCAUGCGAGACCGCCCGACAUGAGGUGACAAACGCGCAACGGUCAUUAAUGGGUCAUCCGUGUUGUGACCGUCGGCACGUUCGUUUCGUCCCCUACCUGGUGUACAUCGAGAAUGCAGGCUUGAGCACCUACGCUCGCGACAUGUGGCCACUCUUCACUUCGUUUUAA